AUGGACGAGCAAGCCAGGCUGAUGCACUCUCACGCCGGGGUGGGCAUGACAGGGCACCCCGGGCUCCACAUGCAAGACAGCGCUGGAGCGGACGGAGACGGGAGGAAACAGGACAUCGGAGACAUUUUACAGCAGAUUAUGACCAUCACGGACCAGAGCUUGGACGAGGCUCAAGCCAGGAAACAUGCUUUGAACUGUCACCGAAUGAAGCCUGCUCUUUUCAACGUUUUGUGCGAAAUCAAAGAAAAAACAGGGUCUAAAGUUACAGGCCUGGGGGGAGACUUCAUCGCUGAGUGA